AUGCCCCCUAGACGUCGUCCCAAGAUAUCUCUCUGGGCCCGUUUCCGAACAUGGCUACGCUUUGCAGAAUCACCUCUCCGAAUACGCAGUAGUCUCACACGCCUCAGCCACUACCAUAAACACCCCCUCCUCACACUGCUGCGCAUGUUCAUCCCCUAUCCAUCCUGGUUCUUCCCUGUUCCAGAGCAACUUCCUCUCCGCACCCUCAUCGAAGACACAAAGAACGAGACAGAUAUAAUCACAUCCCACUUUAAGGACAUGCCGAAUCUCCGCGCAAUCCCUAUCUGGCGUAUGCGCGACACGCCCCUGCGCUCAGUCUACCGACUUUAUGAAAUUCACCUCGCGGACCACUACGCGCUGAUGGGAUGGGAGACUGAAUAUUUCUUUUUCCAGCCAGGCUGGACACUCAAAGAUAUACCGGAUCCGAAGGAUCCUGAUCCACUUCGUUAUGCGAUUAUCGCUUCCAUUGUGGAGGAAUUACAUGCGGCAGUGAACUGGAGACUGGGUCUCGGUCUGCGGAGGAAUCGAGAGCAUGUGUAUCGAGAAGAAGAUGGAGACCCGUGGCCGCCGUUUACUCCGGAGGAACUUCCGAGCUGGGCGAAGGCCGUUGCUCCUAUUGAUAAAGAUUUGCUUGGGAGAUCGGUACCACCGGAAUCGCUAGACGGGGAGGGGAAUUUGGUGCUUGAAGCUAAUGGUAAAGCUCUGAAUUUUGCGAGACGGAAUAUACUCACGAAUACGGGCUGGUUUUAUACUAUCUAG